GAAUCGGCGCGGCAGAGGCGCAACGACGAAUUCGUCAUGGACACCAACAACAGCAGCAUCGUCUCCAAGCGCUCCGUCGAGAAGCUCUACCACGCCGGCGAGCGCGAGUACUUCCGAUAUUUCGUCAGCAAGUUCAAGCGACGCUCGCCCCUCAUCAAUCGCGGCUACUGGUUGCGCAUGAAGGCUUAUGUUGAUCCCCUGCCGUUCAUCUUCCUCGGCAGACAGCCUGCUCUAUGCGCCCAAACCACUUUUGUAGAUGUCGACUUCCCCGUGCUCAUGCGCAAUAAAUGCGGCAUCAUUGAGCACACCGAGCAACUCCACGGCCUGCUGGACAACUUCUACCGCACGCGAAAUGAGGAUGGCGUUCUUGGCGCCGGCAAUCCCUACCUCGCCGUCGGCUGCGACUUGCGUAAUCUGGAUCUCCUCAAAGUCACUCUCCAAGACGCCGUGGAAAUCGAUGACGAUGGUGUCGCUAUUCUCUUCGUUGCGGAGGUAUCCCUCGCCUACAUGGAGCCCGAGGCGUCUCAAGCCGUCUUAGAAUGGACUGCCACGUACCAGGAUGUCCGAUUUUGUAUGUUGGAGCAGCAUCUCCCCGAUGGUCCGGAUCACCCCUUUGCGAGGACAAUGUUGGCGCACUUUCAGAAGCUGCGCACUCCCCUUCACACCAUUGGUACCAUGGAUGCCAUGAAGCAGCGCUUCGUAGCAGCGGCGUGGCCCGAGACUGCAAUCGAGUCUCAUUCCCUCUGGGAGCUAUGGUCUGAACCGACCAUCCUCUCCCCUGAACAACGGCGAAUGCUCGAAGCUAUUGAGCCUUUCGACGAGUGGGAGGAGUUCGCGCUUUUCGCAUCACACUACUUUCUACUCGUGGCAGAGCGAAAGGCGGAUCAAGACUACACCUUCAAACCAUACCGACAUUCCCUAGCAGCACGUGCAUCCAUGAUGCCAAGUCCAGUGAGCAGCACCGGAUCCGAUCUCGAACCCGAAAACAUGCUACACGUGCAGGAAUUCCCCGGCUCGCAAGUGCCACGACGAUUUGCUGCGCUCGUUCCACCGCCGUCCCGAGGUCAAGAUGGCGAUGCAGUCGGUCUUCAUGGUGGACUUGGGACGCAGGAGAGACUGGAGGACUGUGACACUUACUCCUGGUUCGAGACUGCCCAGCACAUCGACGGCCCACCUCUGCGCUCUGGACUCAUGUGCCACACCGUGACGCGACUUGGCGGAACGAACAACUGCAUUCUUGUCGGUGGCAGAACGUCGCCGGAUCGCGCCCUCGCCGACUGCUGGCUCCGGACGGAUAGCAUUUGGGCGAAGGUGCAAAGCCUUCCAGAAGGACGCUACAGGCACUGCGCUGUCCCUGUGCGACUACCCACCGAUCCGCGACCGGCUCACACCGUGCUCGUUUACGGUGGCAGAACAGGUGAAGGUCAAGUACUGGACGAGUGGCUUCUGUGGUCGGGAGAGUCGGGCUGGCAGAACCUCCGCGUUGUGGGAGACCACCCAUGCGCUCGAUUCGGAGCUGCCAUGAUUACCGAUCAGAAGGAAGGCAUCUCAGGUGUCAUUGUGGGCGGCAUGACGAGUGCCGGCCGCGUCCUCAACGACUUUUGGCACUGGAACCUCCAGCCCGACAUGAGCAUUACGUGUCAGAACGUGACAGCACGAGCGAGCACUGUCUUGAAACAUAACGCGUCGAUCCUCGGCCGCUUCGGAGCCCAACUCGUCCGUUCGGAACAUGGCAUCCUUUUGGUUGGCGGAAUCGUGGGCGGCCGGGUGCUUACGCGACAUGACGAGAUCCUGAACAUGCGGACUCUACGACCUUUCUCCGUCAAGAAUGCCCGUCCCUUAUUCAUCGGCGCUGCAGUGCAGGAUGUGGACGGCGGCCUGCUGCUUCUUGGCGGUGGUGCGACAUGCUUCUCGUUCGGCACGUACUGGAGCAAGAGCUGCUUCCUCACCACCGCUCCUCGACCGCGCGACGACCAAACAUGGAAGCUGGUGUUCAGCAAACAACCCGAAGUCAAGCGGAUCCAGGAGCGCCCGCCUGCGUUGAAGCUACCCUUGACUGGAGAACCCUUCCGUAGCAUGCCGGCACCCGUCAGCAUCCCCAAGGUCCAGCUGACUCCCAGCAACAACUUCUCCAAGUACCUCGACGCCUCCCUCCCCAUCAUCCUCAAGGGACUAGACCUCGGAACCUGCACGCAAUACUGGACGGACGAGUACCUCAAAGAAGCCAUUGGGACGGAGCGCAAGGUAGUCGUGCACUCCUCCCCCGAGCAAAAGAUGGACUUUCAAACGAAAAACUUCACCUACGAAACCCAGCCCUUCGGCGCCUUCCUGGACGCCGUAAGCCGCGGCGACAAACUCUACCUCCGCUCCCUCUCCAAAGACUCCCCUAGCGACCAACCCGCCAACCUCGCCACCGACUUCCCCGAAAUCGCCUCCGACUUCCACCUCCCACCCGAGCUCUCCCAAGUCAUGUCCGCAGCGCACAGCUCGCCCCUCCGCAUCUCCGGCCCCGUCGCAAUGUGGCUCCACUACGACGUAAUGGCCAACAUCCUCACCCAGAUCCGUGGCCGCAAACGCCUCCUCCUCUUCCCCCCCUCGGACGUCUCGAAUCUCGACUUCGCCCCCGGCGCCUCCUCCUCCUCCCUCGACGUCUUCAACCCGGACCCCUCCUCCCCCACCGCCUCAAACCUCCUCAACACCCGGCCCCACGAAGCCCUCCUAGAACCAGGCGACGCCCUCUUCAUCCCCGCAAUGUGGGCUCACGCCGCAGCCCCACCCACCGACGGCGGCCCAUCCAUCAGCGUCAACGUCUUCUUCCGCAGCCUGGAAGACAAGAAAUACGCGGCGGGGCGCGACGUGUACGGCAACCGCGAUUUGGCGGCCUACGAAAAGGGUCGCAAGGAUUUGGCGACGAUUGUGCGCGCUUUUGACGAUUUGCCGCCGCAUGUGGCGGGGUUUUAUUUGCAGCGUUUGGGGACGGAGUUGGUGGAGAGGGCGCAGGGGACGUUGAUGGCUGCUGGUGGGGCGGGGAGUGGAGGG